AUGUGCGAACAUGGUGGAAUCACAGGGCGUGGCAUCCUCCUGGACUAUGCAGACUGGGCAACGACAAACUCGAUUUCAGUCUCCGCGCUUCAAUCAGAAACAAUUACACUCGAGCACAUCAAACAAGUUGUCCAAGACCACAAGCUUGAUUUCCGAAAAGGCGAUAUUUUGUUUAUUCGCAGUGGUUUCACAGCCGCGUAUAACAAACUAAACGAUCAGCAGCGCAAAGACUUAGCGCUUCGAUCUUCGCCCGAUUUCAACGGUGUCGAGGCGACGGAGGCGAUGGUGCGCUGGCUGUGGGAGCAUCAGUUUGCGGCGGUGGCGGGUGAUGCCCCGAGCUUCGAACGGGCGCCCAUUCGGGGGGCCCACGCUGACCCCAACUUCAAUCUGCAUGAGUGGGUACUGGCGGGUUGGGGGACGCCAAUUGGGGAGAUGUUUGAUUUGGAGAAGUUGUCAGAACAUUUAUCCUCCCGUAUCCACCAAGGCAACGUCAUUUUUGUCAAUAUUGACCGAGAUUUGGGCGAUUCUUCUACGUGGCAGCGUGCGGCGGGAUGA